AUGUUGAAGUAUCCGACUCCCAAUACUGAAUUCACACCAACUGACUACCAGGCGGCGUUCCGGGAAGAGUGCUUACAUUUUCAAGACCCUCUUCCGACAGUCCCUUUUUUUAUCGUGGACCCGUUCCUGGUCUGCAAGCAUCAGCGUAUCCACAGGGAAGUAGCUUACCGUGGAGGCGUCGGGAAGUACAACGCAUCGUCCUCGAUGUGGACACAGCUUGAUUCCCAAGAAGAGCCACCCCAUCUCCCGCCGCAGAGACACUCUCGAUUGGUAGAGGGUCUUCCUCCCAUUCGCAGAAGUGCCCGCCUGCGACAGCUGCUUAACUACGCCGAAGAAGGCGUAUCGGCCGCCCCUGAGCAACAUGUGGCGGUCCAUGCGCUUCGCAGGAAGCGGACGGAGGAUGACGCGGACGAUGUAGCUUAUGUUCCACUGCGGACAUCUGCACGAUCUGCAGAGCCUUCUCGGCGAAAUAAGCGCCGGCGUGUAGCGGCGCUCUCGGACGAAUCUGAUGGGGCUCCUUCCACUUCGAAGAGGAACUCCUUUUCAGAAGGAAAGAGGCAAGCGGGAGCAAAAAAUAUCCGCGUGUGGCGCUGUCCGUAUCACGGAUGCACAAAGGUGUGGUCUAGUGGCAAUCCGAAGCACCGUGAGCGUGAACGUCGCAAGCAUCUGGCGACGCAUUGGGAGAAAGACGUGUCUUCGAAGUGGAAGUGUCCCGGAUGCGAUGCACACUUUACGCGGAGUUACACGUUAACCAAGCACUGUAACGUCUUUUCUCAAUGUCUAGAGGCGGCACAAUACCGUCUUUCGAACGGCAACAUCAACACUAAGGAGUACAUCGAUGGCGCGGACCCGUGGGAUUCGUUGGAGGGAGUGAAGUGCCUGUGCUUCCCACUACCAGAAGACAAUGACAAGUUUGAAGCAGAGCUGGCCAGGUUGCUCCUAAAGCACAAACUUACCGGUGAGGAGAUUUGCGUACACGGUCACGUCCACAGGUCUUGCCACUCUUAA